GCGGUCGUGCUUCAGCUCGACAUCUGCAGGUUUACCGCCAUGUCGCAGACGAUGAUCCCCUUGCAGAUUGCUGAGAUGGUCCACCAUAUCUUCUCGCGCUUCGACGAGGAGGUGAUGGAUAAGAAACUCUUCAAGAUCGACACGGUCGGCGACGCUUACAUGGUGGCUGGUUGGCUGCCCUGCGACAGGGACUGGUACCUCAAGGAAGUGACUCAGACCUCCUGCUCCGCCAUGCUCGCGCUGGCCAGGAAGAUGCUGCGGGUGAUGGCAGACUACAGGAGGGAGAAGGGGUGCGAUGUAGGGUGCCGGAUCGGGAUCUCGGUGGGGGUGGUGGCGUCGGGGAUCCUGGGGAGAAAGCAGUCGAGGUUUCACGUGGUGGGGCAGGCGAUGAGGGACGUGGAGAUGCUGGAGCAGAACGCGCUUGAGAACUCAGUGCAUGUAAGCGAC